UCUCGGUGAAAAUUUUCGAUCGCGCACCCGCUUGGUUUUCUUUUACCCAUAGGGCGGGCAGUCGUCGGGUUCUUUUUUUCCCCGUUUAGGGGUUGUGAAAUGUGCGUUGUGUAUCGGCGUUUUAUUGGAUGUUUCUGAUGUGAUGUGGUUUUUGUGUGGCGCUAGUUAUCGAUAAGCAAGUCAUUUUUAGAGAGAGAUCAAAUUCGCAGACUGAUUCAAGGCGCGAGCCGUAAUCGUCGCCGGCGACGGGCGACGACAGUCGGUCGCUUGGACCUUAAAUUUUUGCUUAGUGUGUCGUGUAAUGGUCCAAUUUCGCAGCCUAAAAAUAAACUACAGACACCGUUUGUGACACGACUUUUGCGAGUGGAUCCACAAAAAUGAGGCUUCAUAUUUUAAGAAUAACUACACGCAAUUGCUAGCAAAAGCCUGGAUUAGAAGGGAUAUCCCUCGAUACCCCUCGGGCGGUAGACAGAAAAAUACUAAACGUGUUUAAAUAUAGCCACAAUUGAGACAGAAUACUGCGAAGAAAGAUUUCGGAAAGAUGGACGGAUGCACGAAAAAAGCAACUGUUUAUAUUGUGGUCAAAAUCUCUGUGCAAAAAUAAAUAUUACAUCUGAAUUGUUUUUACGAGCGAACGUUGUCGGUCAAGCUUGCACAGUCAGCAAAGGAAACAACGAAGGAAAAUGCGUUCAUCGAAAUGCGCAUAUGAUCAUCGCAUUCCAUGGCUUGUUGCUUAUGUUUUGUGCAUGCGAGUUCACAAAUAAACGAUGAAAACUCGAGUGUCGAAACCCCGCACGGCAGAGGGAAAUUGGCGGAUGUUUCCUGCAGAUGUGAUCGCGCGGUAUAUGUACUGUACGUACAUGCCAAAUCACUGACGGUGACGGUGAGCAGUGCACUGCUGCUUCGAACGACAGCACUAGUAUUCACGAGUUUCACUUUCAUUACCGCUGUUCGUGAGUACGAAUCGUGAAAUGCAGUGCAGAUCGCGCAGAUGGUUACGUUUGGCUUAGCUAAUCUCCGUAAUGUCGUUACGGAAAACGCACCAUUUCAUUGCUUUGAUUGGAUUGUGCUUAAAAACUAUAUUUUAAUUUUGUGCUUUAAUUUAUCAAUUCUUCUGUUCAUCAUGGAUAGAAGAUAUCACUACGACAAUAAUGUCAGCCAUCUAAUAAGCAAGUUCGAAGUGCGAAAAAAUCCUAAAAAUAGAAGAAUGUCGGCAGCGGAGUUGAACGAAGCGGUAUACGCUCGAGAAGGUCGGGAAUUUGUGUCCCGUCCGAUGGCUGGGUAUUCCCGGGAUCGUACCGUUUAUUUGAAUGACUCAGCUGUGUUCUACGAUAGCGCUGAGAGCAUACCGGCAAAAGUUAGAUUUAGGAACACUCGUCCCAGCUACAACGAAUCGUUAUCUUCGCUCAACGAAUCGGACUACGGGGGUCCCUACGAUUCGGCAUUGGAAGACUAUCAGGAUGAUCGGGCUCCCAUCACCAAGGAGCAAGUCGCUACAUCGUUGUCUCGUUUCGGUGCCAUCCUGCAAAUGCUGUCGAAAAUUCCGUUUCCACGACUAUCCGUCACCGGGAUGGGCCUUUGCUCACUCGUCGCUAUCUUCAUCUGUCCACGAACGCUCGGUGCCAAUAUUUUGUUUCCCGGUUUCAGACUAUUAUUCGGCACGCUCUAUCCCGCCUAUGCAUCGUACAAAGCCGUCAGGACCAAAAAUGUUAAGGAAUAUGUCAAAUGGAUGAUGUACUGGAUUGUGUUUGCGUUUUUCACCUGCAUCGAGACGUUUACCGAUAUCCUGCUUUCAUGGUUUCCGUUCUACUAUGAGAUCAAAGUCAUCCUCGUUCUGUGGUUGCUGUCGCCGGCGACCCGUGGCAGUUCGACGCUCUACCGAAAGUUUGUACAUCCGAUGCUGACGCGCCGUGAACAGGAAAUCGAUGAUUAUAUUAACCAAGCUAAAGAAAAAGGUUACACCGCUGUACUGCAGCUGGGUUCCAAGGGCGUUAACUAUGCCACGAACGUCAUCAUGCAAACUGCAAUCAAGGGUGGAGGCGGUCUGGUGCAGACGCUGCGCAAAAGCUACAGCUUGAGCGACCUCUCGGAACCGGACGCCCAGCGCACCCAGGAGGAGAUGGACGAGCUGACCCGGCCGCAGCGGGUGUUGCGCUCCAAGAGCACUCGGUCCGCUUCCGGUGGUCGCCAUGUGGAAAUGUAUUUCCCUGAAGUGGAACUAGCUGGGACACCACACCGCAAUCCACCGCCGUAUAACUAUAUUCGGUCCUCCGACGAUAUCAGUUCCGGAUAUUCGAGCGCAGAGCCAGGAUUGAGCCGAACGGCUUCGAUGAGUAACACCGCAAGGCCGCGCGUCAAGUCUAAAACACGAGAGGCUGGUGAUGACGUUUUCUAUGACGGAAGAGAAACAGAUCAAUACUAUAGCAGUGGUUCUCAAUUUCCUCCUUCCGCUACCCUGUACGAAAUUCCUCCCAGUCCCCUUCCUGCUAUUACCCAAGCUAGCGUUGUUUUUGCCCAUCAGCCCAUUUACUCUCAGCAGUCGUCAAGUUCGGUUCCAAGCUCGCCACAGCCGGUGCCACCGGAAUUAGAGCGAAAAUAUGAAAUGUUUUUGCAGUGGAUGGAAACCCAAAAAGAAACUGAACGAGAUCAACCGGCUCUUUCGGGUCAUAAAUCUAACCUGACAGCAACUAUGCAAGAAUCGCCAGUACCCGAAGAGCUGGAGCCAACGAUUCCUGAUAUGAACAGGUCUUUUCCCGGUAAAAUUCUAAUUGACGGAAAGGAAGAUUUUCCGGUAGAAUUUUCAAAAUCCAUCCCAAUCAUGGAAAUAGAAAAUGAACCGUCGGAAAAGAGCUUCUUAGAGGAUACAUUUCGUGAUACAAUCUCGUUGUCUAGUGAUGACGAGUUCUUAGAAGUAGUACCCGACGAUGAUGUAGUACCCGAAAACAUGGAAAAAGGAAUUGAACCUGCCAAACCUACUAAUGAACAAUGUACAGCACCAGAAGUUGUAUCUGAAGAAUCUAUCCCAACCGUGGUAGAUUCAUUAGAAGCCGUCGAUUGCUCUAUGCCUCUUUCUGAAAAAGACGCGCAGUCUGUGCUUGUUGAAGAUGUAGUUUACGAUGAAAAGCUCCACAUAUCUGAAGAUGAACCAUCUGGGGUGGAUACAAAAAAUAUUCCAUAUAUUGAUGAUCUGGGACAAUUACCUAUUAACCCAAGUAACUUAAAUGUAUCUACAGCGAACUUAACAUCAUCGACUUCUUCUUUAGCAACUUCCGACGCCGGCAGUCAUCUGGAAGAACAUGCCACGAAAAAGCCAGCAUCCCAUGGCAAACGAAAGGCUCCUUCAGUUCCCAUCACGUUCAAAGCUGAAACUUUCAUUCCCUCCAUGGAAGCCCCGGCUGCUCCCCAAAUACCUUCCCGGUCACAAAAGGCAGAACCGACAGCAAAAGCGAGUGGUUCCAGCGAACCUGUGCUGGAGAAAGAAAAAGACAAAAAGCACAAACCAAAGUUUAUGAAUUCUCUAACCGGAAUGUUCAAACACGAUGGUCCGUCGAGUUCCGGAUCUAGCGAGUCGGCACGAAAAGCGGAUUCACUACUACCGAAGGAGACAGAAAUUUGAGUUGGCUUUCCUCCUCCUUUCCUUGUUCUUCCCUAGUUUGCUGGUUAGAGAACCUCCGCUCACGCAGACCGAUUUUUGGGGACGAUUUUUCUUUGAAUUGAAAAAAUGUCCGCUAGUUGCACCACAUUACCUCGUUCCAAGAAGCCGGAAAAAGUCAUCAAAACCCGCUCGAAGACGGAAAAGUAAAACUUUUCACCAUUUCAGUCUGAUCGGAAACAUGCGGCGUUUGUCGUUUCUCACCAAGAAGAUGAAGGUUCUUCAACCAUUUUUGCUUUAUGUUCCAUGCCUAAGUUUAUAUGUUACGACAUAAAUACGAUCUGAGUUACAACUCGAAUGGUGCUUUUAACAUAUAUACAAAUUUUUAUGUGACAAAAUUCAUAUGACCGGCAGCGGGUUGACUAGAGUGAACAAGAGCUUACAAGCGUCAUAAAUAGUUAUUGCUUUGAAUCAAUGAAAGUGAUUUCUACUAAUAACAUUUAACAGUUACAGAUUUAUCAAUAUUAAAAAAUAAGACCUACUCUUGAGUUUAGGUAAGGAAUCAGCUUGGACAAACAAUGCGAACUACAUAUUAAGAUGAUCGAAGCAUUUACCCAAAAAAUGACUCUAAACUGCUACUAUUUAAGGAAAGCCAAAGUGUGAACGCAAAAUAAGACGAAGAAUGAUUUACUGAAAGCCCUAGAUAGUAGAACUGAUAAGAUAAAGGAGGACAAGUUUUAGCUCAGAAUAUUGCUAGUAAAGUUAGUAGAACAACCUCCGUUUUGUGAUCUCUUCCUCAACUAAUUCUAACGAUUUUCUUCGCACACGGCUAACACACUUAUAUUAUAAAUAUUAUUUCCCGUUUAUUUAUUAUAAUUUUUGCGUCGCACCACUUCUUUCUUAGGAGUCAUAUUUCAAUUAAAUACACGAAAAGUCAUAUCGAACGAAACGCAAAGUUUUUGCAUGUAGGAUAGUUGAUUUAGUUGAAAGGAAUGUUUGACAAAAACGCCAGCUAAAGUAAGUUGCAUGUUGAUUGGUGUUACCAUAUAGCUUAAUUCAGAUUAUAAAAUAUUGAAGGAAGUAGUGCAAUCAAUGUUCAGAAGCAGACUUUUUUAGUUUAAUUGUUGUGAAAUUGGUCCAGUGAACAGAUGGAAACGGCUACACGGCAUUUUCAUUAAUUCAAUAUAACUAUAAAAGCCAAAACCUUUAGUUAGAAGUGUAUAUAUGCUUAUCAAGAAGAACAAAUGUAUCCUUAAAAUCACACAACCCCCGAAAACAUGAAUUGACGAUAGAUUUUAAACUAACAAAAAUUGUAAAAAUCCCAACUCUCUACCUUUUGCGAUUUUUUCCCCUUUUUCCUGAUACAUACGUUAGCUUCAAACGCUUUACAAUGCUCAAAAAGUUUAUCUAUUUGUAAAAACUAAAGCCAGCAAACUGGUACAGCUCGCUGUGUAUGAUUUAGUUUGUAAAAUUUUGAACUAAUUUUUGCAUGCACAUUUCCGGGAGUGAAGUGAUAAA